UAAAAAAAGAAGAACUUCAAAAGCGUGAUAUCUUAACAACCUUCAGCGACUUUAGAAAGCAGGUCUCUCUAGACUAGUUCUAGACUCUAUAUAUCUAGACCUAAAUCUAUAACUUCUAGACGUCUAUAUAGAUCUAGAUAUAAUAAUGUAUAGUCAUAGUGCAAAGCAAAUUAUUUCAAAUGCCUGUAGAUCACAGAAACUUCUUGCCGCUAUCGAAAGUAAAUGGAUAAUUUUUAGACAAAUUGCAUCUACUCCAUCCAGUAGUUUUGAAGGGUCCAAAACUGUUGAAAGCAAAGAAGAUGAUGAAAAUAGAGAUUUUCACUUUAAAAAGAAUAGAUCUACACACUUGAAAUUUGCCAAGCCCCCAGAAGAAUUCACUGAUUUUACCCCCAGAAAAAGUUCAUAUUUUAAAUCUAGACAUGCAAGGACUCAUAAUAAAAGUUUUGAAAAUGAUAUUUAUGAUGAUGGAUACUCUCCUAGAUUUUCUCAGAGAAGAGAUGCUGAAGAGUUGGGUGCAAAUAUUAAAGAAAAAGAGUGGGACAUUGAAAAGCUUACACCUCUGGAGAAAAAUUUCUUUGUUGAAAACAAAGUGUCAGAGCAAGAUAUAGAAUCAUUCUACAAAUCACACAAUAUUACAGUUAAGAGAGGAAAUAGACCAACACCUAUUUUAGAUUUUCAUGAUGCUAAUUUUCCAGAUGAAGUUAACAAACAGCUUGAAAGAAAUGGUUGGACUAAUCCUACGCCUAUCCAAAGUGUUGGUUGGUCACUUGCCUUGUCAGGUCAAAACAUGGUUGGCAUAGCACAGACUGGAUCUGGGAAAACACUAGGAUUUAUAUUGCCAGCCUUGGUACAUAUAAAACACCAGAGCCGAGUCAAACGUGGGGAAGGACCUGUGGUUCUUGUAUUAGCCCCAACCAGAGAGUUGGCACAGCAAAUAAGAAGUGUUGCAUCUAUCUAUGGGCAGUUGCUUGGCAUUAAAUCCUGCUGUAUAUUUGGUGGCCAGUCAAAACUGAUUCAGUCUAGACACAUAUCUGAAGGUCCAGAGAUUGUUGUAGCAACACCUGGCAGAUUGCUUGAUUUCAUAGAAAUGGGAGUUAUAAAUUUAGACAGAACUUCCUAUGUUGUUUUGGAUGAGGCAGAUCGCAUGCUAGAUAUGGGCUUUGAACCACAGAUUAGAAAAGUGUUGAGUCAGAUUAGACCUGAUAGACAAAUCCUGAUGUGGAGUGCUACAUGGCCUGAGGAAAUCAGACAAUUGGCUCAUGACUUUCUGAAAGACUUUGUUCAAGUGAAUAUAGGCUCUGCUGAACUCAUGGCUAAUCCAAAUAUUGAACAAGUGGUGAAAGUUUGUAACCCUGCAGAAAAACUGACCAUUUUAUCGCAGGAAUUACAAAAAGCCUUUUCAGAAAGUGAGAACCACAAAGUUUUGAUAUUUGUACAGACCAAAACUCAGGCUGAAUUUUUAACUCACAGACUUCGGAAACUUGGCUUACAAGCUUUGGCCAUCCAUGGGGAUAAAUCACAAUUAGUUCGAGACAAAACAUUGAGGAGUUUUAGAAAUGGGGAAACAAACAUUUUAGUUGCAACCGAUGUCGCAUCAAGAGGAUUAGAUGUGAAUGACAUAACCCUUGUAGUCAACUAUGAUUAUCCAAACACAGCAGAUGAUUACAUUCACCGCAUUGGUAGAACUGCCAGAGCUUCAAAAAAAGGAAAAGCACUUUCUUUAAUUACAGAAGCAGAUGCUGGCAAGAUUGAUGAUCUGGCUAAAGUUUUAAUUGAAGCUGGCCAAGAUGUUCCCAGUGAGCUGAGCAGUUUAGCUUAUGGGAAAGCUAAACUAAAAUCUAAAGGCUAUUCCAAAUUUUCUUACCACAAAUCAAGAUUUGACAGAAGAAAUAGUUGGUGAUAAGACAGUCAUGUGUGAUUCAAAAUAGCAACUCAGUGAAGGUGUUUGAACUAAAUGUUACAGCUGUCAAUGUAGUCCUGCAAGAUGAUGUAGUAUUUGUAAUAUACCAUAAAAAUCAUUUCAUUUUAUGACCUUGUUUGUUGUUUGAGAUUGUAUAUGGCCAAAAGGAAAUUUGAAAAGAAAGUAAAAUUUUCCAUUGUUAAAAUACAAAGUUUAUGGGCAUCAACUGAUCUUUUGCUUUAAGUUUUAGACCCAAUGUGUAUGUUUUCACAGCCACAUGAAAAAGUGUGCAAGAUGAACCAUAGUCGUUCUACGACUGAAGGAGUCCAACAACAAUAUGUUAGGAAAUCAUGUCCUACUAUACUAGUCAUGAUUUUGUAUGUUCAUGUGUAUUAUGUGUGUAACUUAAGUUUCUGAAAGAAAAAUUUAAUUCACUAUCAUUAAAAAAAAAUGGGUGUAGAUAGAACAUUCUUAUUUUCAAGUAAUGAACAUUCCAAUUAGCCACCGCAAUCUCCUUAAGUUCAUAAAGAUAUAAUACAAGACUCUUCAUAUUUAAUUAAAGUCCUAUUAAAAUUUUGACAUGUUCUGUCUCAUUGUACUAAGUUCAAUAUUAUUAUUUUGUUGUUGUUUUUUUAAAGAGCUUUACUUAGUUUAGUUAGUUAAAUUGUUUCUUUUUUUAUAUUAAUGAAUGUUCUUGUAACUCAGUUUCUAUUUUAAAUAUACCUAUUCAUAAAUAAUUGAGAAAAAAAAAUCUUUUUCUUCUGUAAUCAGGUCCAUGAAAGAGAAUCUCUCCAUACCAGUCCGGCCCAAACUAUUUUGCUAUUAUUUUACUAAUGAUUUGGAUAGGAUUACAAACAACUCACUUUUCACAGGUGCUCCCGCAUGACUAUAUAUAUAUAUCAUAAUGUUAGCUGCUUAAUAGAAACAC